CAAUGACAUGAUCUGCAAUGGAGGGCCAAAUCCGUUGAACCAGCCUCUUCCCAAGGACAUCAUCAACGUCAAAGCCGGCGACAAGCUCGCCACAGAGUGGCACCACACGCUGGACUCGACCCCUGAGACCGAUAAGUCUGACCCCAUUGACCCAGGCCACCUGGGCCCUAUCAUGAUCUACCUCGCCAAAGUAGACAGUGCCUUGACGACUACCGUGACGGGACUGAAGUGGUUCAAGAUCUACGAAGACGGCCUUGACUCAAACGGCACCUGGGCCGUAACACGGCUGUACAACAACAAAGGCAAAAUCGAAUUCACGCUGCCAAAGUGCAUUCAGAACGGACAAUAUCUCCUCCGCGCAGAGAUUAUCGCGCUGCACGCCGCAUCCAGCUACCCCGGUGCCCAGCUGUACAUGGAAUGCGCACAAAUCAACGUAUCAGGCGGCGGAAGCGCAAACCCAUCGACGGUCAGCUUCCCGGGCGCAUACAAGGAAACGGAUCCGGGGAUUAAGUUCCAGUUGUACUGGCCGGUGCCGACGAGUUAUACGAUCCCGGGACCGAGGCCGUUUACCUGUUGA